CUUAAGGUUGAUUCCAAGCUGGAGCCGAGGUAUCCUGUCGACGGCCGAAACUACAUAAUGGCUGACAACGAUAUUUUGUCUGAUGGCAAUGCGUAGACGAAUGGACCCAAAAAUAUCAACAGGGAAAUUCGUGAUAUUAAUUUAGCAUCUAAUCACCGAUGCCAGAGUUCUUUCAACGCCGCACCAUGAUCUCCAUAGUCUCUAUCCAGCUACUUACCCUCAUCGCCUUUGGCUUGGCCGUGCUUCACAUUGCGGUCUCCGGCUUCCGCUCGCCGCUGUCCAGCCUGCCAGGUCCAUGGUACAGCAAGUUCACCCAUCUCGUGCUGAAGUUCCACAUAGUCGCAGGGAGACGCAUCCACUACACCCACGACCUUCACCGCCGGUAUGGCCCGAUCGUCCGCGUCGCGCCGGACGAGGUGGCCGUCAGCGACGUCGAAGCAUUUUCGCAAAUCCAUAAGAUUGGGGCGGGAUUCCUGAAGUCGCAAUGGUACGAUAGCACUACUCCGGGGCGCGAGCCCGGCAUCUUCGCACAGCGCGACCCUCGCCUGCACGCGGCCAGGCGGAGACUCUUUGCUCAGGCGUUCAGCAACUCGUCGUUGCAGCGCAACUGGGAGCCCGAGAUCCGUGCCAAGGUGCAGCUAGCUGUGGCCAGGAUCAGGGCUGACGCCCUGGCUGGCGAGGCCGAUGUGAUGAAAUGGUGGACUCUCAUGGCCACGGACGUUAUCGCACACUUGGCAUUUGGAGAGUCUUUCCACAUGCUCGAGAUUGGCAAGCAAACGCCGUACAUUGACGCAGUCCAGUCGGCCCUGCUGAAUAGCGUCCUGCGAAACGAGCUCUCGUUGUUGUACCACAUCGGGCGGUGGCUCCCUUUCAAGGCCAUUAGGAGCAUCGUAACCGCCGACGACGUUGUGUACGAGUACGGGGCGUUGGCUAUUCGGAACAUGCGCAAUCAAAACGGCAACACUCAGAACCUUUUUGGGCAGAUGCUCGCCGCAGCCGACAGCCAGGAGAAAGCCACCAUAACAGAUACAAGCAUACGUCUCGAAGCCGGAAACCUCAUUGUGGCCGGUUCGGACACUACUGCGGUGACGUUGACCUAUCUUGUAUGGGCAGUCCUGAAGAAUUCCGAUCUCCAAGAGCGAUUGGAAGAGGAGAUGGCUACUCUUAGCCCGGCGUUAGGCCUGGACGAGUUGAAAGGUGCACCACUCCUAAACAGCGUCAUCGAAGAAACUCUCCGUCUGUACGGAGCUGCACCGGGAGCUCUCCCACGGGUUGUGCCCCCGAGGGGCGUCAACUUCCACGGAUGCCACAUCCCUGGAGGAACGGUAGUCAGCACCCAAGCCUUCACUCUGCAUAGAGAUCCAAAAACAUUUCCAAAUCCAGAACAGUUCGAUGGGUACCGUUUCCUAGACAAGUCAACCAUGACACCGACGCAGAAUACAGCAUUUUCUCCCUUUGGAGCGGGCUCACGGAUUUGCAUUGGUCUUCACCUAGCGUUGAUAGAGCUGCGGCUUGGAGCAGCGCUAUUCUUUAGGGACUGCCGAGGCGCAAGACUCAGCCCUAGCAUGACAGAUGACAUGAUGGAGAUGGACAACAGGUUCCUCAUUGCACCAAAGGGACAUUGCUGUAAAAUCAGUUUAUAG